ACUAUUAUUAAUGCAACACAAAAAUAUAUUACGGAUGACGACGAUGACGACGAUGACGACGACGAUGACGAUGGAGACGGCGUUGGGAAUAAUGACGAUGACGAUGACGAUGACGAUGACGGUGACGGUGACGGUGAUAGAUUAGUGAAGUGCAUAGCAGUGCUAAGAAUGAGCUAA